UGUUUGCACCAUUUCAUUGCAGAAAUGGAGAACUGAUCAUCUCACCAUACAAAAAUCCAGCUCACUACAUACUUUCAAUUUAGUACUACAUUGAUUGCGUCCUAUUCCUCAAGGACCAAUACAAGGAAGAUUUUUUUCAAAUGAACAUUUCAGCAAUUUAUGAAACGAUCCCUGUAUGAAAUUCUCCAGGAAAUUAUCUGAAGGUUUCUACAAGAUAAUCUUUAAGAAGUUUUACAUAUUAUCCUUCAGAAAUUCCUGUAAGCAUUCUUUCAGACAUUUUUCCAAGUAUUUAUUUAUAAAAUUCUUCAACUAUACCUCCUGGAUUUUUUUUUUCAUAGAUUUUAUCCAUUUAAAAUUUAUCUUAUAAUAUAAUUCAUUCUGACAAGGGUAACGCCAAGAAAUCUUUGAAGAUUUCUCUGCAAGUCCUUACAAUAGAUCCUGCAAGAAUUCAUUGGGGGUAUUUCACCAGACUCGUCCAGCAACUCCUCCAAGAAAUACUUCACGCAUUCUCAUUUUUUUUUUUCAGCGAAUUUUUCAGACAUUCUUCAGAGAUCCCUCCUGAAAUUUCUCCUAGGAAUUCUUCAGGAUUCUAUCCAAGGAUUCCUCCGAGCUAAAAUCUACGGAAUUCAUUAAAUUAUUCUUCCAAACACUCUUCGAUUAUUUGUUAAAGGAUUCCCGCAGAAAUGUUUCCAAGGAUUUCUGCAGACGUUCCUCCAAUGAUAACUACAGGAAGUCUGAAAUUUAUUCCUACAUGAAUUUCACCUGAAAUCCCUCCUGCAUUUUUUUCGCGAAUUCCAGCAGAAAUAUUUCUAAGAAUUCCUUUAGGAAUCAGUCCAUUAAUUCCUUGAGAACUCAUCCAAACUCAUCCAGAAAUAUCACCAGAAAUUCCUUCACGAUGUCUACUAGAAAUUCUACAAGGAAAUUCAUUAGGAAUUCCAACAAGAAACUUAUGUAGAGGACUCAAUAUUUUUCAGUACUUUACAGAAAGAUACAAAGCAGGAGAAAAGGUACGGGCCAGGUAUUUUUGAACUCGUUUGUUUUGUUAAAAAAACUUAGAUUCUGGAGCGAAGAAGCUCAAAAGUAGUAUAUUUUAGCUUGUUUUUGUCAAUCAUCUUUAAAAACUGCGUGAUUAAUUAACAUUCUUUGUUAAGCAAAGUUGUGCUCCCUGUUCCGCUCUACAAUUUGUUUUUUUUUUAACACCUUAGCUACCUCUAGCUCUUAUCGUUUUCUUGAAAUUUAGAUUUAAACAACAUAUUUUGGAUAAUAAAUUGGCAACCGCAAAUGUGUGCUGUGUUGUUGUUAACUCAAUCGGACGUGAUUCUGUAUCGCUCAUCGUUUACGUUAAUUUUCCGUUGAAACUGGCCUCGAAAAUCUCGAAUGACACUUGUGUAGUACGAUCGUCUAUAUUUUGUACGUUUCUGCGAUAUUAAUCUUUCAUUGCGUUUACCGUUGUGACGAAAAAUUGCAAUUAUAUUGAUCAUCAAAACUCGCCAUGGAGUGCAAAAAGUGCCUUCUUCCAGUGAUUACAAAAGAUCAACCGUAUGUAUACUGUAAUGCAUUGUGCGCCGCAGUUCACCAUGCCGCUUGUGUUGGAUUGAAUACUGCCGAGCUUGCUGCCGUAUCACCGCCGCACAAGAAUAGUUGUUGGAUGUGCGACGAGUGUUUAGUUGAAUUUGUACAAUGGAGGAAAGAACGAAAUGAGAAAAUGAAUGAGCCGAUCGCCGAAACUGCUCCAGAGAACAAUGAGCCUAAAUGCGUACUACAACGUGACGUUGAUGAGCUGAAAGCUAAAGUAGAUUCAAUACUGUCGGUGAUUACGUCGCAUGAGAAUAAUCACACGGAUGCCUGGAUACGACACUCAACACCGAAAUCAUCGCGACCAAUGGAAUGUGGAUCGACUGAAGUGACAAAUGCAUCCGAAACUGCGAGUCGGUUACCUGAUUCGAUGUGUGAGAACGAGAACUUCGACUUGUUGCUAACGAAUAUCGAUGGAAGCGUUUCGGAAGAAGAUGUUCAACUCAUGGUUUGUCGCUGCUUGGGCACACGUGAUAAUGAGUGCAUUAAUGUUAGGAAAUUAGUUCCGCGAUGGGUUGACUGCAGUGCAUUCGACUAUAUCUCCUUCAAAAUAGUUUUAAACCGUAAAUGGAAGUCUGUCGCGAUGAUGUCAUCUACUUGGCCUAAAAACAUUAGAUUUCGAGAGUUCAAAAAAGCGAGAUUCCCAUGGAAACCCGAUAUUUUGUAAUUAGUUCCAGUAUUGUAAAUAAUGUGAUUUGAUGGAAAAUGUUUUUUUUUUUUGUAUUGAUGUUUUUUUAUUACUGUUUUAAGUCAUUUGUUCACGGCGUGCAUAUGGUGAAGGUUUAUCACAAAAAAUUAGGCAUCGCCAAAUCCGCCGUUUUUCGAAAAUAUGGACUUCUAGCUUUCAUUUAACGUGUUCCCCAAAAAAAUCCACCGAGGGAUCCCGAACAACUUUUUCAGAAUACUGUUUUUCCCCAUACAAAAUGCACGGUUCCAAAUUAAUCCCUAUUUCUACUUAACAAACAUACCCAAUUUUUGUAUGAAAAAGUUCCCCCGAUGGAAUAUUUCGAUGUUGGGCUUGAAUGAAAGCUGGUAGCGUCAACUUUCACGUAGCGUAAAAAUUAGCGAUGCCCAUUUUUUUGUAAUAAAUUUGUUCUACCAGACACACCGUGGUUGUAAAUAGGAAAAUGAUACUUGUUGUGUGAAUUUGUACGAUAUUUGUAGUUAACGGGUCGCAUCUUCUUUGAGUUUGUUCUGGAAGUUGUCGAGAUUGUUAAAUGUUUUUGUACCUUAGAUUUAAGUCACAUCAUUGGGGCAUAAAUAAGCCUGUUGGUGUUAAUAAACAAAUAAACGUAUCACAAAUGUCGCAGGUAAAGGUUCAUUUUUGCGCACUGUGCCAAUCGUGUUCUCAUCUCGCGCACGGCCGCCUGCCGAACAAGAGCAGCAAACACAAAACGGCUAGAGAAAAACGAUGAAACAAUGGCUUGGUUGGUCCGGGUGGUUCGAUUUCGGGGUGAUUUUUUUUCAAGUUUCCAGACAAUUGUGUCCGACCCGUAUCAGUUCCUAAUUUAAAAUGCAAUGGAUUGUUAAAUUGCAGAAAAGCGCCACGCAAAUUAUGUUUAGAGCGUAGGUAGCAUCGUUAAACAUGUAUUGUAAACGUGUUCCUCAGGUAAGU